CGUGUCCCACAGUGCAUUGUGUUGUAGUUCCCGGGGGCCCCGCUGUAGUUCUCCAGCCGUUGCCGCCGCCAUGGAGCCGCGCCGCGGGGUGAUGGCCAGCGGCCUCCUCCUCCUCCUCAGCGUCUUCGGCGCCGGCCUGUGCAACACCCGGCGGCCUGGAGACGUUCUAGAUCCUGAGGUUGCUGGUGUGUCUGUACUCCUUGAACACUCGUUUGAAUUUGAUGACAGCGUGCGUUACAAAAAGAGAGGUACGUUGCUGUGGAGACCAGGCCGUGAAAACUCUCUCACAUUAUCUCAGUUGCAGCUGACAGAGGAUGAGAGGGUCAAACUCAGAGACAUGGCUGGUACAGACGGGUUGUACCGGAUUCGAAUCCCAAGAAAACUAGGCAGUGAGAGUUCUACUUUGGAUUAUGUCUCAUCCUUUGUUCGAAUAUGUGCUCUGGUUGAAUCUCACCUCUCUGAUGUGAUCACAGUUAACACAGAUGUGUCUGGCAAUAUCAUCGGUGUUUCCAUAGUAACUAUCCCAGGGUCCUGCAAUGGAGCUGAGGUGGAAGACGUGGAUUUGGAAGUGUUUAACACAACUGUGCACCUCAUGCAACCAAUACUGGCGGCAGCGCCAGAGACCGCAGCAUUUAUCGAGCGGCUGGAACAUGAACAGGCUCAGAAAGCAAAAAACCCACAGGAGCAGAAGUCAUUCAUCGCAAAAUAUUGGCAUUUAAUUCUGGGCGGGGCCAUCUUUCUCAUGAUUACAAAUACCGUCCAAGCGCCCCGAGAACUAGCAGCACAAGCAUGACGUCUACAAAGUAAUGGUGGUCCCCAAUUAUCUCCCGGACAUUGUGUGCAGUGGCAAGCAAGUGGAUGUACAUCGUUCCCAUCGUGAUUUUCCUGAUGAUGUCGGGCGCACAGGACCCUAACGGGGGCAGCGGUGGCUCUGGCGGAGGUGGGAGGUGAUGUACGAGGCCACCAGGAUGCGUCCCAAGACCGAGGCAUUCUCAGCCGCAGGGGACCGCGGAUCGAUCGCCACUCCUUGUAAAUACAUCUUGUCUCAUAUUUGGUGGACAAAGGUAGCAGGACGCACACACUUGCCAUCUGGGGAAAGUGAAGUAUGAAUCGUAGAGGUAUAACACUGUUGAUUGGAAAAUAAAGUACAUUACUGUU